AUGGCCGAUCAAGAAGUGGAUUUGGACUCGAUUAUCGACAGGCUCUUGGAGGUGAGGGGUAGCCGCCCUGGCAAGCAGGUCCAGCUGCUCGAGUCAGAGAUUCGUUUCCUCUGCACCAAGGCUCGUGAGAUCUUCAUCUCUCAGCCCAUUCUGCUUGAACUCGAAGCGCCCAUCAAGAUUUGCGGUGAUAUCCACGGUCAAUACUAUGAUCUCCUGCGUCUCUUCGAAUACGGCGGUUUCCCUCCCGAGGCUAACUACCUCUUCCUCGGUGACUACGUCGAUCGUGGCAAGCAGUCUCUCGAGACCAUCUGCCUCCUCCUUGCGUACAAGAUCAAGUACCCCGAGAACUUCUUCAUUCUGCGUGGAAACCACGAGUGUGCCUCGAUCAACCGUAUCUACGGUUUCUACGAUGAGUGCAAGCGCCGAUACAACAUCAAGCUCUGGAAGACUUUCACCGAUUGCUUCAACUGCCUUCCCAUUGCCGCCAUCAUUGAUGAGAAGAUCUUCACCAUGCACGGUGGUUUGAGCCCCGAUCUCAACUCCAUGGAGCAAAUCCGCCGUGUCAUGCGCCCCACGGAUAUCCCCGACUGCGGUCUCCUGUGCGAUCUCCUGUGGUCCGACCCCGAUAAGGAGAUCACCGGCUGGAGCGAAAACGACCGAGGUGUUUCAUUCACAUUCGGCCCCGAUGUGGUUUCGCGCUUCCUUCAAAAACACGAUAUGGAUCUGAUCUGCCGUGCACACCAAGUUGUUGAGGAUGGAUACGAAUUCUUCUCCAAGCGCCAGUUGGUUACACUAUUCAGUGCGCCCAACUACUGUGGUGAAUUCGAUAAUGCCGGUGCAAUGAUGAGCGUAGACGAUAGUCUGCUCUGCUCCUUCCAGAUCCUGAAACCAGCCGAGAAAAAGCAAAAGUACGUUUACGGUGGCAUGAGCGCCGGCGGUCCUGUCACUCCUCCGCGAAAGCAAAAGAAGAAAUAA